AUGGCGUCUGUUCUCAAUGAACCUAUCGAGACUCGGCUCUUCAUCAACGGCGAGUUCCAGUUCCGAGACUCGUCUACCAAAACCACAUUCGACGUGGUAUACCCCUAUACCAAAGAAGUCGUAGCGCAAGGUAUGACCCCCAACAAACCCCGCACGAACAAAAUUUUCUCACAAUCCGCACCAGUCCAAGAAGCUACCGUCGAGGAUGUUGACGACGCCGUCGCAGCAGCUAACGCUGCCUUCCCAGCCUGGCGAGACCUAGGCACCGCCCAGCGCGGCGCAUACCUGCACAAGCUCUCUAAGCUCAUAUUGGAAUCAAACGGCGAGCUCGCCAAAUUAGAAACACUCUCGACCGGCCGUCCGAUCUCGCAUUUCUUCGACGCCGCCAUGGCAGCUGAGACCUUCGGAUAUUUCGCAACGGGUGGCUGGAGCGCGCAGGGCACAGCCAGUCUCAACACGCCCGACCACCUAAACCUAACAGUCAAGCAGCCGUACGGCGUCGCAGCGCUGAUAAUCCCAUGGAACUUCCCGCUCAUCAUGUUCGCUGGGAAAAUGGCGCCCGCGCUCGCAGCCGGAAACACAGUUAUCUUGAAGAGCAGCGAGAAGGCGCCCCUGACAUCCCUGUACGUCGCCAAAUUGAUCGAAAAAGCCGGCUUCCCGCCCGGCGUCAUAAACAUCAUCUCCGGACACGGCAACCCCGCCGGCGCGGCGCUAUCCUCGCACAUGAAAGUGCGCUGCAUCAGCUUCACUGGGUCCUCACUAACAGGCCAGAAGAUCCAAGCCGCAGCAGCCAAGACGAACCUGAAGCACGUGCUGAUGGAACUAGGCGGCAAGUCGCCGGCCAUUGUGUUCGAAGACGCAGACCUCGAAGCCGCGGCCGCACAAACCCAGUUCAGCAUCCAGUUCAACAGCGGGCAGGUGUGCGUGGCGAAUUCACGGAUCUACGUGCACGAGUCUGUCGUGGAGAAGUUUACGCGUCUCUUCCGCGAGAAGUUCGAGGCUGUGCAGCUCGGGGACCCGCUCGACCCUUCUACUUCGCAUGGCCCGCAGAUCGAUGUCCUGCAGUACAACCGGAUCAAGGAGUAUCUUGCGAUUGGCGAGAAAGAUGGGAAGUUGACGACGGGCGGAGAUGCGAACGAUGGGUAUUUUGUGCGGCCUACUAUUUUUGAGGGCGUGCCUGAGGACUCGCGGUUGAUGCGGGAGGAGGUGUUUGGGCCCGUUGUUGCGAUUAAUACGUUUUCGACGGAGGAGGAGGCGAUUGAGAAGGCGAACGAUACUGAGUUUGGCUUGUAUGCUUCUGUUUUCACGAAGGAUCUUGAUCGCGCGGUUCGGCUGGCGAAGGCUCUUGAUGCUGGUACUGUUGGUGUGAACUGUACUAGUCCGACGAAUGCCAAGGACGGUGCGUUUGGGGGGUAUAAGAUGAGCGGGAGUGGUCGCGAGGGCAUUUUGUAUAGCCUUGACAAUUUCCUUGAGACGAAGACUAUCCUGAUCAAGACGUCGAAGCUUUGA